AUGGAGCGCCGUGGACGCUCGGGUUCCUCAGUGGCGAGCGUCUUGAUCUUUUUGGUCAUUCUGAACGCCGUUGGGCGAUCUACUGGCGCUGGUGGCGGUCGCCCUAAGAACGUGCAAGUCUCGCUCCGGGCCAAAUGGUCCGGAACUCCGCUGCUGUUGGAAGCCGGGUACUUCAUUUGCUUUCUGUCUCCCGAUGCUCUAUCUGUGGCUUUUGACAGUGCGAUUUAACGAUGAUGCAGAAGUAAAUUCAAGUUACACUCUUGGUUUUCUCUGAUCCUCAAAAUGCGGUAUCAGGUGUGCGAGGAAUGUGACCUAUUACAUCCUAUGCAGACACGUAUCACGAAAGUAGUGGUCUAUGCAUCAACGUCGAAUUAUUUGUUUUUUUCUAAUAGCGCUUCUCUUGUAUUUGUGAGGACCUUGGUCUUAAUGUUUGGAUUAUGAUGCCGUUAAUCCUCUUGCACAAGAGCGAUGGGGUUUAAGUGGUCUAUGAUGGUUUUUUACUGUUCUCAGUGGCAAGCUUAUGCCAAAGAUGGAUGUCUAGUCACUUAUUUCCUUGUUCUUGUAUUUUUGAUUUAGAAUGAUACUUUCAAGGAAACUUAAAAUACUCUUAAAAUUUGGUCAAUGAUUGUUUGAGAACUCAAAUUUACACCCGCUACUUUACACCUCUCUUAUGGAUAAUUGGGAACCUUUAUUUUCAUAUUAUUUUGAAAAUUCUAGUACGAUUUAUGCUAUCAUCAAUUAUUUUUUUCUAAAUGCAAUUUAUUUUAUGGUCAGGUAUACAAAUUAAUGGCUAGCCCACACCGAAGAGGUUUUUUUUUCUUUUCUUUCUGUUGGCAAUAUUCUCUGGGGAUUGGCAGUUUUCCUCUUAAGGUCCUUAAAAACCUUUAUUUAAUAACCUAAUUUGUUCUUAAUUUAUUUUCUCAGAUGAUGAAAUCCUGUCCUAACAUCACAUAAUCUCCAGCUAACUGGUUUCCUCCAUGUAUUUGAAAAAAGGGAAGAAAAUGAUUGCCUAGCAUCAGGGCCUUGCCCGCUAAGCUUUGUAUUUUCCAAGAAGAAAAUAGACUAUGUCUCAUUUAUCAAUUUUGAGGAUGUAGGAAGGACGAUACCUUUGUGGAUAGAAGUAUACAUUUAUGAUUAAUGUAUAUGUCUACGUUUUUUGUCUUUACUUUCUCCGCUUUUUACCCUGACAUUUUAAAUCUUGAAGGCGUUUUUACCCGACUUUUCUGCAGUGAGCUACUAUCCAAAGAAUGGAAAGGACUAUUUUGGGAGUUCAUUGAUAGCUGGCUGAAUUCCAGUGAAGAUUCCGACUGUUUGAGCGCAAAAUCUUGCUUUCAAAAAAUUGUCAAACACGGGCGCUCCCUUCUGAGUGAACAUUUGGGAUCAAUAUUUGAACUUUCCCUGCAACUUAGGUCAGCCUCACCAAGAUUGGCGCUCUAUCGCCAGUUGGCAAGGGAUUCGUUGGCCUCCAGAUCAUGGCCUGGACAGACACAAGAUGUUCCAGAGACAGGUUUGGGCAGCAUAAAUUCAGACCACAUGGUGAUGAGUAUUAACCCAAGUAGCCCUGAGGGACACUGCUGCUGGAUAGAUACUGGUAGUUCACUACUCUUUAACGUUUCAGAACUGACCUUUUGGUUUGAAGGGUUUGCAGAAGUGUAAGUUGAUUUAUUUUUUUAAUGUGUAUGACAUUGUUUUUUCUUUCACUGAAAGUUUUUUCACGUUGAUGGCGAAUUUACAUUUGCAUAUAUGACAGAUUCGGGGAAACCUUUGAGAAGCCCGAGAUUUUCGAUUUUGAUCAUGUGUUUCUCGAGUCAAACCUCAACAGACCUGUUGCCAUAUUUUAUGGAGCUCUUGGGACAGACUGCUUUAGGGAGUUUCAUCCUGUCCUGGCAGAAGCAGCAAAGAAGGUAUUUAUGGUGCUUCUAAACAUGUAGGAGUAAGGCUUAUGCAGUUAACAAUGUGAAUCAUAGAACACAUGGAGAAGAGUUCUUACAACUCAUAACACGGAUGACGAUUUUUCACGAGGAAAUUCAUCUUUACCUUUUUCUUACUUAUAUUACAAUCUUUUGCAUAUAUUUCUAUUUAGGUUUUGACCAAUAUAUCCAAAAUAAAAGGUUUUUGUCUCAUGGUAGCAUCUCAUAUGUGGGGAUGACACUAGUAUAAACAGAUCAACUAUCAAAACAGAGAACGUAAAAAUUCAUCAGGGACCCAAUACCAAAACUAACUGUGUAAACACCGAAACGCUUAUCCAUGGAGACAUAAGGGACCUGACUUCAAAUAGGCAAAGGUGCAGUCCAGGCUACGUGCGAAUGAAUAUUCCUGGAGCUACAUUGGUGGGGGACAUUGUCAAAAUAUGUGACAGAAAGCAUAUUCCUGGUUCAUUCUACUUUCACAGAAUGGGAAUGCGCUUAGAGAAGAUUUUUGGCUAUAUGUCCAUCAAGUAAUCAUGAUCAGUAAGGAUUAAAACCAUUUCUUUUAUUGAAACAUGUUCGUUCAUUUAUGCUACUGAACUUCUUAGGUUUGUGGAAUCAACUUGAACUGAAAUACCUUAGGCUUAGCUUGGGAAAGGACAACACUGAAUGUGGUACAAAAGUAUAAAUAUGCCAUAACUCAUUGCAAGUAGGAAACCGAAAGUUGGACCUUGUAAUCUGCAAGACGCUCAUCUUAUUAGUUUUUUCUGGUACUUUGUUUGACAACAUAUAGCAGUGGUUUUUGGGAGGUGAACUGUAGAGUGAAUUAAUCAAGUAGAAGUUAUUUGACUGAUGGAGACAUACGGUAGGAACUGUUAUUUUGGGGUGGAAUACCCUCCGAAACGAAGGUUAACUCCUAUGAAAGAGGGGAGAGAAAGGAACUGGUUCACCCGGUUGUUCUAUGAUACAGAGCCCUCUUUUUCAAACUAGCCUCAAACAAUCUUCGUCUUGAAAAUGGAUUUCGAGCAAUUAAAAAUGAUGGUUUUAUCAAUCUAUAAUUGUGUUUAGUUCUAUAUCUAUAGUAAUGACUAUUAGGAGAUACUUCUUAGAAAAAAUGCCUUGAAGAUGUACCAGAUUUGGAAAAGACACCUGAUAGUAGCCCUGGUUUGUUUGUUUCGACAUUUUACAAUCCAAUUUCUCAGUAGGAAUCCCUGAUCCUCUCUUGAGAUUAACGGGGAAGAGAAUAAUUUCUUGGUAGUUGAUGGGAAAUAGGAGCUGAUGGGAAAAGGAAUAUAACAUUUUUACUAUAUUGGUUGUCGUGGUCAGAAUGGUUUGGGAGAGUGGGGGGCUUUGCUGGUCUAGGAUGAUAUUGCAGCGAAUAUUUUCUAGAAAUAGCCCUUGGUUACUUUGUUGGCUUUCUUUGUUAAGCAAAGGUUUGUACAGAUUGAAUUUUAUGUAGAAAAAUAUGUUAUACUUUUUAUUUUGAAAACUUUCAGCCAUCAGAUAUCUACUGACUGUAAUUGGUUGUUUCAUUUUGCACAAAACAUGUCACUUAACCUACUUUUCUUUAUUAUUUCCAACGACGGCAGUAUAAAUCUUUCAGGCCUUUUCAAAUGUAAUUUUACGUCUUCUUGGCAUUUUCUCUUCUUUUAUUCGCUAGCAUGCAUUCAAUUUCUGAUGAAGUGUGUUUAAUCAAUUAUAGGGCAAAAUUAGAUAUGUCCUUAGACCUGUAUUGCCCUCUGGAUGUGAAGCUGCAACCACUGCAUGCAGUGCCAUCGGUACAUCAGACGCUCCAAACUUGGGUGGUUAUGGAGUAGAGCUUGCUUUAAAGAACAUGGAGUACAAAGCUAUGGAUGAUAAUAAGGUCAAAAAAGGUAUGUAAUUUUUACAUCUUAGUUUUCAUCUUGUAUAAACUGAGUUGAGUAAUGCUUGUACUCUAGGCGUAUUAUACCACCUAUAUUGCAUACUGAAUUUGAAUGAGGUUUUCUUGAAAUAUAUGUGCAUCCUCUAUAUUUGUUAUCUCAAUUUUUUUUUUAAACUCUCUGGUCAUGUCCAACAGAUGAUCAAUUGUUACAAAAUCCGGCAAUAUUAUUAUCCCCCACCCCCAACCCCCCCCCCCCCACUCCCCACCAAAAAAAGAAAAAGAAAAAUAAAAAAAAUUACUGGAACGGUAAUUUUUGCUGUAAUGUAUCUGCAAACGUGAAGGCUUCUCUGAAACUUUUCUUUUGCAACUUUUCUCUGAAGACCUGUUUGUCCUUAGUAUAAACACGUGGAAGCUGCUUGAAUAACGUUUUUAGUUGUCCCAUUGCUUACUGUUUCUUUCUGAUCCAAUGCUAUUUCGAUUGCAAGACUAAUUUCACUUUAUCCUCCCAAGAACUUAGCACUUAUCAUUUCAUCUAUUCGUUUAAAGGCGGCGUAACUCUGGAGGACCCUCAGACGGAGGAUCUUAACCAAGAAGUUAGAGGAUUCAUUUUCUCUAAGCUAUUGGUUAGUUGGUCAAUAUCCUGUGAAGUUAAUUCAAGCUAAUUGUCAGUUUUUAUGUGAAGCUCCUGAACAAGUAAUUCACUAAACGUCUAUGAUGGAUUCGCAGGAACGCAAGCCUGAACUGACAAGGGAGAUAAUGGAGUUUAGAGAUUAUUUAUUAUCAUCAACAGUAUCUGAUUCCCUUGAAGUUUGGGAAUUAAAAGGUACUGUGGUGACUUAGCUUGUGCAGUGCAGACUCCAUUCGUUAACUUAUGUCGUACAUUCUUUUUUCAAAGUGGGUUGUAUCAUAUAAUCAUAUAACUCAUCCUCAUAAAGUGUCAGCAAGAGUCAUUCAUGCACAGCUACCUAAUGAGUCCUAGCGUGUACUUUUGUGUAGAUUUGGGACAUCAAACAACACAAAGGAUUGUGCAUGGUUCAGAUCCCUUGCAGUCCAUGCUGGAAAUAAAUCAAAAUUUUCCUAGCAUAGUUUCUUCGUUAUCUCGCACGAAGGUAGUCUGCAAAGCUUCCCAUAAAUUAUGCACAUACUUUUCCGCUGUUCUGAAGGCAUAUUUCAUUUUUACUUAUGUUCUCUGCAUACAAAUCAUGAGUGACAUGUUUCAAAUGGUUUCUGCAGCUGAGUAACUCGAUUAAAGAGGAAAUCAUUGCAAACCAGCGGAUGGUUCCACCUGGAAAAUCAUUAAUGGCAAUCAAUGGUGCUCUAAUCAAUAUUGACGAGAUUGAUCUCUAUCAGUAAUACCUUUUACACCAACUGGUGUUGGCUGGGAGGCCAUUUAGUGCUUAAACCAACAAUUUCUUUAAUUAAAAUUUCGUUCCUAGUUUUUAUUUUUCUUAACAGAUUAGUCAUGAUUUGUACACACCUUUGAAUGCUGCCCUUAGGUUAUGUUUACUUCACUCUUGGAGUUACUUUCGUGAAAAUAAUGGGGUGUAUAUGACAUCUCUAAAUAUGUUGUCAUUAGGAAUAUAUUAAGACCCUUAAUAUUGAGGGGUAAAUUUUCACUAAUGACUUUUGAAGCUUGUAAAUGUUUAUAAUCUCAUAGGGUCAUGCUUAAUUUUUUCUACGCAUUUACUUGGGUCAUCUAUUUGUAUUUAAAUUUUAAUACUAAAUGCAGAAAAUAAACAGCAAUUAAGUUGUUACUUUGGAUAAAUAUAUUGAAAAUAUUUUAGAUUAUAGAUUAGUAAUCGAUUUAUGGUGCUAGCUGAUACUAAAUUUGCUUCUUAUGAGUUACAUAAACUGCUCUAUUAAUAGACUGUCCUCUGCGAAUUUUCUUCUAAUUAUGUAAGUGUUGUUUGUCAUUGAGAGUCACUAUUUUGUUUGUAGAUGCGGGUCACAGAAUUUUUACUGUUUCAAUAUCGAGGAGAAAGAAAAAGUUUGCAUUCUUCUGCUCUCCUUCUCAAGGAAAAAAACUAGUUUCAGGCGUAGUUUUCUUUACAUCCUUAAUGGAAAAUCAUAUUGAAUAUAUGUCCUUGUUAGAAGAACAAUAUUAGAAUGUGUAACUCUGUUCCUUCUUGUCGUAAUACUUUAAGACAGUUCAAGUUCCAUUUUUUCAAUUUUCUCAUUAUAUCUGAUUCUUCCUGCAUGUUGUUCCCUGCAGUACAUAGAGUGAAGUUUUGUAACCCCAGAAUUUUGGGAUUCUGUAGGUUGUUGGAUCUGGUUCACACAGAGAUUCUGCUGGCUGACCGCUUCUCAAAAUUGAAGGUAUAGGAUUUCAUAUGUAUCAAUAUUUUUGUUUAAUGUGUUUGUGAAUCCUUGCUAAGAAUCUUUUGAAGCUUCAUGUGCUUAGUGUGUUGCAUUGUCCUCUAUUUCUGUUCAUUUCGCUAUUCUGAUAAGUGCUAUUGUGAUUUCAUCUUGCUUGUUGCCUAAAGCCACCUCAAGGGGCGUGUUUCCCCUUUUCUCGGAACUGUCUUGACUUGGUUCAUUUCAAUGGGCUCAAAUUUGCUUUAAUUUCUUAUGAGCGUUCACUCCGACUACAUAUGGCUAAAAUCCCUUCCUGGUUCUCUAAACCAAUAUUGAUGCUUUCACAUCCUUAAAUAAAACCCGCUAAGGUGCAUGAUACUGCUACUUUGGCUACACCAACGUGAGUGGAGAACUCGUUUUGGAUUGGAGUUUUUCUGUGUUAUUUGACUGUAAGAGAUUUGAUGACCUUUUGUCUAGAUCAGAUGAACGUCCCAUUAUUAUUCAGGAUGUCUUCUUUUGUGCUUUUGCCUCCAAAAAAGUUAAAUUUGUGCAUCCCUCUCUGUGGCUGCCUUGGUGUGGUCUCCCUUUCGAUAUAAACAGCAUUUUAACCAUUGAUACAAAAUAUUUUCCGGGUUUUCGACUAAAUGGUUUUUUGUUAGUCUGUCUGUUACUCACUUCCUUAUAAUACAUUGGGUGAUUUAUUUGCGUAAAAGGUCUCAAAUAUUUUCAUGUUGGGUUGUGGUACCUCCUGUCCAGCUCUCAGUUUGUUUACUCUCAUGAGACAGAUGAGGUCUAUUGAAUUCGUUCUGUUUCAGAUGAGGUCUCUAACGAAUAUUGUUGUAUCAUCAGGCUCACAGCUUGCAGCUGAUUUAUAUUUCCCCAUGAUGCCAUUUCAAUGUUUAUUUCAUUAAUUAGUUCGUAUUUUUGAAUUGUCAAUGAGCAUUGAUUGUUCUUUUUAGAUUCCUCCAAGUGCAAUCAGAAAACUGCUGUCAGCUCAACCGUCUUCCGAAAGCCAUUCAUUUCGGGUUGACUUUCGUUCAACUCAUGUCCAUUAUCUUAACAAUCUAGAGGAGGAUGCCAUGUACAAAAGGUGGAGAAGCAACAUUAAUGAGGUGCGUCUUUUUUAGAAUUAUUGUGACGUGAGAUGGACAGUUGCUUCUAGGUAUCAUGUUAUUAUCCAUAAUUGGAUGUUUUUUCUUUGCAGAUUUUAAUGCCAGUUUUCCCUGGUCAACUUCGGUACAUUCGUAAGAAUUUGUUCACUACUGUUUAUGUGUUUGAUCCGGCAACAAUUUGUGGUUCUGAGGUAAUUUUUUGUUCAUUUUAUUGUUGCUGAGGUAUUUAGUUUCUGCUUCCGCAGUGCAUAUCAUUAUUGUUUUCCUAUUACCCUAGGUUCCUGAAGUUCCAAAUUUCAGGAAUCAGGUUUUUUUCGUUUCAUUUGUCUGAAACUUUUCAAUAUCUUCUCUGCAGUCUCUUGAUGCCAUUUUUUCCAUGUAUGGUGACAAUGUCCCGAUGCGGUUUGGAAUAUUGUUGUACUCUUCAAAGCAAAUCAAGUCUGUGCAAGAGAAUGGUGGUGAACUCGUGCCUUCUACAAAUACUGCUGUCUAUAAUUCUGGGGAAGAUGUGUCGAUUUUGGUAACAUAUUUCCAUGGCAUCUUUGUGGAUAUACUUUAUAUUUUUUACAAGAUGCAUUUCUUAUGAAUGGUAACAUAUUGAGAUGCAUGAUGUUUAUAUUGGAGAAUGAAUAAUUGAUUAAUUUGUGGUCAAGAUGAAUUUACAAUAAAUUAAUAUUAUUACGAAGAGAAUCCACAAAUUGUCCUGAUUUGGCAGGUUCAUGCCUUGUCGCUAAAGAGGGUUUUCCUCUAUUGUGUUACUGCAUUUGUUUCUACACGCUCAUUGCUUUGCGCCUACAGAAAUUGUUUCUUAUAGAAAAAAGAUUAAAAUUGUGGAAGAAUGGAAUUAUUUCUUUUUUUGAAACCUAUGGGUAGAAGAGCAUUACUCAUUGACGGCCUAAUAAAUUAUUUCCCUGUUCGCCUUUGGCGUGACUAAAUAAAAAAUAAAUAGUAUUUAUCCAAAAACAUUGAUAUGUUGGAACGUCAUCAGCUUGGCUCCUUGUGUUUACUUCUAAGAAGGAAUGUUGAUGUUAUCUUUUUUAUAAAAAAAUUGGAAAAUCUAAUUGUUUCCUCUUUUUUUUGCAGAUAAUACGACUUUUCCUUUAUAUCAAAGAGACCUUUGAUGCGCAGUCAGCUUUCGCGUUUCUUACCAAUGUACGUGCUUUCGUUGUUCUUAAUGCAGUUGGAUUUUCCUAACAAGAGUUGUGGAAAGCCAUGUGUGUACGUUAUUAGACAUGGUUUUUGAAUAAAGAUGUUUCUGCUAAAGUUUUAAAAUAUCAGACUUAGUGACAAGGAUGGUCUGAUCCGCUUUUCAAGACUAGCAAGUUGAUAAUAUUGGCAUUAAGUCAGAAGGUAACCAUGGGGUUACCGUGGACAUAAAAAUUCCCACUGGUGUUUGAUGUGUUUGGGUGUGGGACCUUGUUUUCUAUUCUUGCGUCUUUUUCUGUGGCGUAGUUUGGAUGUAUGGGACUGAAACAAGGGAAAGGUUCGGAUUAUAAUUCCAUCAUUGUUUUUAUCUCACACUAUUAGACCUAGGUCAUUUAUCAGUUUCAAAAUUUGGUAGGGAAAAUUACUUUGCCGGGCAACAUAUGCCAACAUGUCUGCUUGGGUUGCAGAACAUUACAUCCACCCAUAAUUUCCUAAUACACGUUUUUGGAGAGUGUAUUGUACUUUGGAAAGUUUUUUGGAUCAUAGCAGUUGCCAGGUUUCUUUGAUUGAUUUAUCGGGCCAAGACUUGUGUUAGGCACCUCCAAUCUUUCCCAUACACCGUAACCCCUGUUGCCUUUAUUUAACAAUGUCACGUUAACUCCUAGAGAUCGAUAAAGAACUUGAUCCUUGAUUUUUAUCUCCUUGAUUGGAGUUAGUUUUGGUAUCCUUGUUGAAGCCUAAUUUAACAUGAUGUUCAUGGAUUGCACUCAGAUGAACAGGUUGUGGAGUGACUCAAUGGAUCCUCGCAAAGAGCGCCCUGAAGUACAGCAUGUUGAAGAAGCAUUUGUUGAGACCCUACAGUAUGCUUCUCGAAUUGUUUUUCAUGCUCGUCGUCUGUGGAAGAAUUGUUUCUUUAAUCAAUUAGAUGUGUAAAAAAUAUGUCAAUUCUAAACCUAACGGUAGAGGCUAUCAAACAUUGCCUUUAUUCCAUGGGGAUCUGUAAAUCAUUCCCUCAAUCAACAAAUGAAGGCUUAGGAUUUUCUAGUACUUAUCUUUAUUGUUCUUGGUAAUCUCAAGUUAGGAAUCUUGUGCAGAUCAAAGCCCAGAACUCUACCACGUGACACCUUAAUAGAACUUGGAAAAGAUUUAAGCUUCAAGAAGGAGGCAGAGGAAAGCUCCCUUUUUGUCUUCAAACUUGGAUUGGCCAGACGUGAGUGCUCCUUGUUGAUGAAUGGCCUGGUCUUUGAGGCAACUGAGGUGCGUGAUUGCUCAUAUAGAAGAUAUUUUGAUCAUUAUGCGAAAUUCAAAUUUAUUUAUGCAGUUUGGUAUACUUUUAUAUUUUUUGAGAAGAAAGGUGUAUUUCAACAUUCCUUGACUAGUAAUACUGGAGUAAAACAUUUUUUUGUUGACAGAAUUUUUUUUCUUAUUCACUGAAUCUCAAAUCCAGCAAACAUUUUUGUCUGCCAUUUCUGGUCUCCUUCAAAUAUCCUCUUCAAGAAAAUGUUCUUAAGCUUAUGGAUAAAAUUCAACUUUAUAACUAAUUUUGAUCAUCUUGUUUAUGUAUUGUCGAUUUUAACUUUUUCAUGAACUUUUUUGGCUGUGAUUAUUCAGUGUACCAGUCGACUACAUGAGAAACAUUAUUUAUAUGUUAAAGGCAACCAUCACUUCUCUCUUCGGUUCUUUGCUCAUGUCAUGCAUAUGCACGUCCGCUAUGGUUUGGUUCAUUGCUGGGAAGGAUGUAUGCUGAUCGUGGGAUCAUUAGCCCUCUCUCUUAUGGACUAAGAUCUGACUAUGUUUCCUAGUUAUUCUGUGAUUGUGUUAGGGAAAGCAGCGUGGGAGUGUAGGAAGUGGGCCGUGACAUUUACUAGGGACAGAAGUUAGGAAGAAAAAAGAUGAAUAUUAGUUGUAAGGAGCUGAAGUUUGUUGGGCACACCCCUGGAACAAGAAAAGAUACUGGAGGCUAUGACGAUAGAGAAGAACCAGAGGAAAAUAUUGACACACGCCAGCUUCAACCUGUUUGCAAUCGGGGAAGAAAGGGAGACGCGUUCUUAGCUGGCUGGGUCCUUGGGGUAAGGCCCUGUAUGGUGCAAGUCCCUGUAUCCGGUAAGGCAAACCAGGAAACAAAAGUGAGUAGGUAUCAACCUCGGUCAGUAAUAUUGUAAUUUAAUAUGCGUCGUUUUCUCUAUUCAUAAGUCAGUGACUGCUUUACAGCUACGUGAUUUGUCAUUUAUUCAAAUUUUGAUGCCUAGGACUUCCAUAUUCCGUAGAAAAUAUUGACCAUAGGUCCUCAUUCGCCACCUAAGCUGCACUGUGAAACCUGUGGCUUUCUCUCAGAGCAGAACCUUCAUAGAGUCGUUUGUCUGUGGCAGUGGUUAUUUGGCCAUAUAUCUUCUUAGGCACCUACUUUACCAAGCUUUUGUGUGAAACGACGCCAUGAAACCUUUAUGCGGGGACUACCCUCUGUAAUUGUUGUGUGAGAACCUGGACUUAAAAAUUGAAAAAGUUUAACUGCGGUGAAUCUGAUCCAAGUGGGAACAGGAUUGGCCAAAUUGCCCGGGUGUUCUGAUAUGAAUGACCAAUUCCUUUAAUUUUUUUCUUGGUUCUGUUGGGAGGUCCCAUAUUACUAUUUAGACAUUGCAUUGAUUAAUAGAUUCAAUGAAAUUCUUAUUGCUAUAGCAAAAGGUUGGAUCAACCAUUUGUAAUAAAGCCAAAGCUCAUAAAUCCUCCCCUUUUUUGGGGGCAAUCAGGAGAGGGUAGUGGUGGGUCAUCAAUGGAAGAGAGGUUAAGACAAAUCUUUCCUUCCCUGCUUUUUUUCCCUAUUCUUUAUUCGGGUGUGCAUCAUCCAUGCUCCUUCAGUCACAGAAGGUCCAGAAUCAGCUCAUCAACGAUUUUUUGCAGCCUUCUUAAAUUUCUAUUGGAUCCCCCCACACCACCGAGCAAGGUCGACUAGAGCGUGUGGGAAACAAGUGAUUUCAAUACGAAUUGUUUAUUCGUCCUUCUUUCGACUUUCGAAUCAUGGUUCACCUUCUUUAUCUGAUGGCUUGUUUUAGGAUACAAGUUCCUCAGAGUCCAACGCUCACAUAUUAUGAAUGUGUAAAUCACUAGUGACACUGAAGUCAUAGAUCUCUUUCGUUGGUGUUCUUAUGUUCUUAGGAAUCUGCUACGAAUGCUAUGAAUGAGGAACUUCCAAGAAUACAAGAACAAGUUUACUAUGGGCAAAUCAGUUCAAGUACAGAUGUGUUGGAGAAAUUUCUUACUGAAAGUGGGUAUCGUCGAUAUAACCCCUUGGUGAGUUGUCUAUUAGGUACACACUCAUAGACAGUUUGUUUUGGUCAUUUUUAGACAUAAUUCUGAUAUGUGGUUGUGUAGAUUACUGGAGACGGUGGGGGUACGUUGAGGUUUGUUUCCUUGUCUGCACCAGGCACUGGAAGUGACUCCAUCUUACAUGAUAUCAGCUAUUUACAUUCGCCUGGAAGUAAGCAUCAUUUGGAAAAAUCACAACUAUGCCUUGCUUUUCUAUAUGAUUAAUUUUGCAUUUGCGUUAUUUUUUUUGUAUGCUUUCAGCUGUUGACAAUGUGAAGCCAGUUACACAUAUUCUUAUCGUUAAUAUUUCAACAAGGAAAGGAAUUGAUUUACUCUGCGAAGGAAUUCAAUAUCUGGUAUUUUCUUUCUUGUGAUCUAAUAAUCAUUUGACUUCUCAUUUUAAGUUCUUUAUUUUAGAGCAUUAUGCUUGUGCAGAAGAGGGGAUCAAAAAAUGCUCGUGUUGGUGUUCUUUUUAAUUUUGGACACGGUUCUUCAGCACAUGCUUUGGCUUUAGCAGAGAUUUUUAAAGUAUCAGCAUCUUCAUUCAGGUUAUGUGUUUCUUUGCCCUCAUUAAGCUUGGAUUCAUACUUUCAGUCACUAAAAUAGAAAUUUUUUUUCUAUCUUGACAUCAGUCGGAGGGAGAAAAUUUUGACCUUCUUGGAUCAAUUGAGUUCUUUCUAUGGGAGCAUUUAUGAAGCUUUGUCUUCAGUUGAUUCCGAGGUCCUCCAGUCUUUCAGUGAAAAGGUUUAUGAGCUCGCUGGGGCAAAUGGCUUGCCUUAUGAAGUCUUCAAAGUAGCCCUAUCUGGAAUUUCUUUGAAUACAUCCAGGAGCCACUGGGAAAAGGUGCAUGAUUUACAGUUUUUAUCAGAGCAUGGUUCAAAUAUUCCACUCUCAUUGUUAAUGCUUAUAUUCUUGAUGAAUGGAUUAAUUAUUUCAAAACUUCAUGAAUGGAUUGUUAAUUGCCUGUUCCAGGUUCCAUUUCAAGACUUAGAAACAUACGUUUCGGAAUGUUGUUAUUUGUCUCACUUGGUCCGAUCUCCCUUUUGCAGAACUUUGGACAUAUUAAAUCUCUCCUCACAAGCUUUUUUGGGUUUCAUUUGGCUAGCUAUCUUGGUUAUUGUUCUUUCUUUCAAGGCGUGUAUUUUAGUUUUGCGGAUAUUGUGUCCCACCUUUAGCAUAAGAUAUGAUUAUUCAGUUUUUUGCUUGAUUUGGAUCCUCAGGAAAGUAUUCCGCAGCAUUGUGUUUAAUCUGAUUUUGCAGACUGACUUUCUAAAUAUAGUGUACAAAAUUUUUCCAUGGAAGCUUUCAUGGUAUUAGAAGAGAUGAAAUGGCAGUGAAACGGGAUUUGUAAGCCUCCUUUUUGUCUUGCAUGGGGAAUGAUCUAUCAUAGAUGGAAAAGUUUCUCUUUUUGUUGCAUGAUUCUUUUGUUAAUGCUGUUUUUCAUGUCAGAAUGUUUGCCUUAGUAUCAGAGUAUCAACUCUUCAUCCUAUAAGAGGGAAAAUCUUUUUUGUCUAUAUCUGACUUAUCUCAAUCACUGGGACGUCCAUUCCUCCAUUGUGUUUGUACAUGCUUGCAGAGUAUAAAUAUUUGAAAUUCAGUGAUGAAUUUCGUAGUUUGUCUGAAUUAUCUUGAGGUAUUCUAGUCGCCAUAGCACCUAGAUUGAUGAAAAUGCCUUAGCAAUGACGUUUUUUGUGUCCUCCCUGCUUUGUUGUUGCUUAAUGUGUAUUUUUUUCCCCUCUUUUCCUUUUUGUGAAAAUGGUUUGCAUUCAGGUGAAAAACUUUUUGCAUUGGCAACUUAAUCUCGGAGUUGGAGUUAAUGCUGUGGUCACAAAUGGUCGGGUAGGUUAUUUAUCUCUGCUUAUUUCGUAUCGUCAUGAUGCUUCGUAAUUGAAUUUCUGUAGCUCCAGUGAUGGUUACUUUAUCAUGAUUUCCAUCUCUUUUUUAUUGACAAAAAUAUUUUCCUCUUUUAUACGCAUAUAUAUUGUCUAAUCCUUCUAUGUUGUGUAUUUUUCCUUCUUUUUGGCAGGUGCUAAUUCCAGCUGAACGGGAUACCUUCCUCAGUGAUGAUCUAGAUCUUGUAGAGUCUGUUGAGUUACAGAAGAGAAUAAAGUACAUUGUCAACAUCAUCAAAGAAGUGGAAUGGCCUGAUGUUGACCCUGAUGAUUUAACGAGGUGAUCCUUUUAGAUGCACAAUCGACUUAAUUUUUUGUUGAAGGUUCAUAUCACACUUUAUUUAAUCGCACGUUUACUUUACAUGGCUCCUUAUCAGGUAUUGUUUUGCUUAAUAAUCAUAUCCCUGCAACAUACCUUGUUUAAAGAGUCCGAGAUAUAAUACUGUCAAUCAGCUUUUGAUUCUCUGUGUUUCUUCAUAUAGAACCAUGAUAUUCUGAGGCAGAGUUAUAUCUUUUAUUUUUUAAUUAAUGAAAUGGUUAUUGUUUGCAUCGAGUAAUUUAAUUUUUUUCUGACAUUCUUCCAUAAACAAAUGCAGUAAAUUUAUAAGUGAUAUUAUCAUGAUGGUUUCAUCAUCAAUGUCUUCCCGUGAAAGAAGUUCUGAUGCAGCACGCUUUGAAAUUUUAAGUUCAAAAUACAGGUAAAUUCUUGCCCGUACAUUCUCUUUCAAUCCAAGCAGUAGAAUAUUUUGCGCUCUCCACACUUCUGACUUAAUGAAAUCGAGGACGUCUCUACCGGUCAGUAAUCUGGUAUCUAGAUUGUCUUAUUGAAUAGGGUCUAGUAACCAUCCAGCAUUGAUGAAGUACACCUAAAAAUUAAUUCAUAGUCUGCUGGUGAAUAUUCACCAUGCUUUAUAAGUACAGCCUGGGGCAAUAAAAAAGAUUGAUCCAUGGAUACAUGCAUAAGAAUGUCGUUCACCCGAUUCAACUUUGGAACGAUAUCUAUAGAAUAUAAUCUCUUUGACAUCAUUUCGAAUGAAUAAUCGUCAGCGACUUUUUUUAUAAGAAAUAUUUUAUUUUGAAUAUGUGCUGCAAAUUCCUACAAGUUUUUUUUCAUUGUGCUAGAACAUCAUUGCAGAUCUGCCGAAUGUUUUGGCUGAAUCAUACCUUUUCAUUUUCCUGACAUUACUUUUUUCUUUUGUCAGUGCAAUUGUCCUGGAUAACAAAGAUUCUUCCAUUCACAUUGAUGCAGUCAUUGAUCCGUUAAGCCAUGCUGGACAAAAACUCUCUCCUCUUCUUCUCAUACUACAGAGAAAUAUUCAUCCAAGUAUGAGAAUUGUCCUUAACCCAAUGGUGAGCUUGUUAAUUAUUUUCUGGUUUUUCAUUCUACCUUAAUGUAUGAAAACUAUUCAAUACUGUAACUGUUCAAAUAAUGAAAUUUGAUAAAUAAUAUACAUGCUAAACAACUAUUCAUUUUGUCUUUGUAUUUGUAACUACUAUAUAUUGUUCAUGUUUUUUUCAUUUUAUUUAGUAGUUCAGGUUUGUCAUAAAUCCUGGGAAAUAAAAAAAGAAUAAUUAGGUAUUUUACAUUUUUUUUAAUUUAUUCGAAAUGUAUUAGAAACUUCAGCAUCCUUAGCAGAUCCAGAUCUUAUGAAUUACUAUCUUGAUGUAAGUUUUGAUUGAUGAAUGGUAGCCGUGCCACUGUUGAGGGAUGAUCGGCAAAAAUACAUCAUUGAUGUUAUCCACGGAGUAAAAUUAUAAAAAAUUAAGUAAAAUUUUUACCUCUCAUGAUGAUUGUGAGAACCGUGCUUCGAAUAAAGUGGUUUAUUCUCGCUUAGUCAUAGCCCAAGUACUUUGUCAUAGAUGUAGAUUUGGAAAGAAUAUCGCAUGUAGCAAGACUGUCUCUAGCAUAUGCUAUGUAAUCUUCUACUAACUCUGGAAUGAAUAAAACUGUAAAUUCCCAUAGAAUAUACUAGCUAAAAACUAGAUGUGUGAAUUCAUGUGGAGGGAUCACACCUACAAUCUUCUGCAUGGUUCUCAAACACUUGAAGCUCUAGAUCAAAUCUGCAACCUCUUCGAAAUCUUCUGUGAGCAACCGUAAUUGCAUUAGUUUUCCAAGGGUUAAGAAAAAUAUGGACAUAUUUAUCUGAACUUAUUGACAGCAGUUUCUUAAUCAACCUUCCUUGAUGAUAGUUAACUAAAUAACAUUUCUUUGUGGAAUAUGUUCACGUUAGCAGAAGUAGAUUGAUCGCUGUGGGGUGGCAACUACGACUUGGUUUCUUUCCUUGUCCUCCAAACGUUAUUGACUUUCUCUGUUAUUUUCCUGUGAAGCAUAAAUAUACAAGUCCUUUAUCUGCAUGUCAACUAAUUAAAACCCAAUAUGAGUUUUAAUUCACUCUCGGGAGUUAUUUCGAGAAUUAUGGGCACCCUACAAGAUAAAUGAAGCUGUGCGUGCCAUCUUUGUAUCCUCGCCUGGUUGUCUUAUAAGUUAUACCGUGGUAAAGAUAGUGCAUAUUCUAACACUCUCUCCAUGCAGACUUUUGUUUUAUGGAAAAUAAUUGCAAAGUUCAAAUUCUUUCUACCAUACAGGAACAGUGACUAGAUUUCAGAGAUUGAUUUUUUUUCCCUUCAUUGUUGCUGUGUGUGACGAGUUUAACAGCACCGUUAAUCUUGUGUUGCAGAGCUCUCUCGCAGAUCUCCCACUGAAAAAUUACUACAGAUAUGUGGUUCCAACGCAGGUAUUGAUGAUUGUGGCAGAAAAAUACUUCGUUGUUAAGCCUAGUCUACAAUUUCAGUUUACAUAGCUGAUUGUGUCAUCUCCUUAUCCAUCGUUUUUGUUUGCAGGAUGACUUCAGCUCUAUUGAUUACUCCUUAAAUGGCCCAAAAGCGUUCUUUUCAAAUAUGCCAUUAUCCAAAACGCUUACUAUGAAUCUUGAUGUACCCGAGCCAUGGCUGGUUGAACCGGUGGUUGCUGUGUGAGUUACUCUCGUCAUUUUCCAAUUCAGCAUGGUUGUAUGCAACAUCGUUUAGUGUUUGAAUAUAUGCCGUGUGUCUGCUUUAAAUAUAUGCCGUGUGUCUGCUUUCAGACAUGACCUGGACAAUAUUCUGCUCGAGAACCUCGGUGAUGAAAGGACACUGAAAGCAGUGUUUGAACUGGAAUCGCUAAUCUUGACAGGUAACUGUUAGUUUGGUUUUUUUUUAAAAAAGAAAAAAAAGAAAAAAAAACUGGUGAUAUUCCCUGCAAUCUGCAAUCCAUAUUCGGCAUGCCCUCACUCGAAAACUUGCAGGACACUGUUCUGAAAAGGACCAUGAUCCACCCAGAGGUCUCCAGUUGAUUCUGGGAACAAAGCCCAUACCUCACUUGGUUGAUACUAUUGUCAUGGCCAACCUCGGUUAUUGGCAGAUGAAGGUUUCACCUGGAGUAUGGUACUUGCAGCUUGCUCCUGGAAGGAGUGCAGAGCUAUACGCCCUAAAGGAAGCUGGAGAUAAAAUCCAACAGAGUCCUCAGUUGAAGCUCAUCACUAUAAAUGAUUUGAGGGGGAAGCUUGUACACUUGGAAGUAGUUAAAAGAAAAGGGAAGGAGGACGAGGAACUAUUAACCGCUUCUACUGACGAAAAACAUGUUGAUGAAAGGAGAAAGGUCAGUCUUGCUUACUUUCUUUAACUGUUCCUCCUCUUUCUUUCUUUUUUCUUCCGAGCUUGGCCAAGAUUUACCUCUUCUGCUACAGGAAAAUAGCAACAGAUGGAACACCAAUCUUUUAAAGUGGGCAUCCGGCUUUGUUGGCAGCCAUGGGCAGCCAAAUAAGAAACGCGGGACUUCUGAGGUAAUCGUAUUGCUUCCAUUAAUUAAUUGGUUGUUUUAGUUUUUUUUUCUAAGGACAGAAACAUCAGUCACAUAUUCCAGUUUCUUAUAAAGAAGACUAUGUUCCAGUAGGCAGAAUUAAGAUUUUUAGGGCACAUGGUUCCCCAGCUUCAACGUAGUUCAGAUUCUAUUUGGACCUUGGACCGUCAAUAGCAUCCUCACGCGUAGGCUACUUGGUUCAGGCUCUGGUUCUCUGGCGUUUUCUGACUCUGUGUGGGUAAUGGCUCAGGCUGACCUCAGUUUACAUUGAUUCUCUGGGUUCAUCCCUGUUCUGGUCAAGGUUCUAAGCUCGGGCUUGGUUUGGACCAGAGAUGAGCAGAUAUACUCUUCACAUCUCUGGUUCCUGAGAUGUGUUAGGGGGAACCCUAAAGCUUUUAAAGUGAACCAUGGUAUUGCUUGAGGCCCUUAAAAAAUACUCCCCCCACUUUUUUGAGUCUUGAUAUAAUAGGCCAGUUUCUCAACCUACGUGAACAGUGGUAAACGUUUAGUUGAUGGUCAGCGCAACAGCAGAGAUGGUCAAUAUGAGUGCUUCCAUACUAUUUGCCAUUCUCUUUCUUUCUUUCUUAUUCCUUGGUUUCACUGUGGUAGAACUUCCACCCGUCAGACCCACUGAAAAUGUCAACUUCACCUCAAAAAUAAUAUUGCCCCAGGUGAGUCUCAGAGAGAGAGAGAGAGAGUAUUGUUCCGAGUCAUAUUAGUCGUUUGUCAAUCUGAGUUGACUCAGUUUCCAGCGUUUUCAGACUAGAUCCCAACUUUAUAUCGCCUGAUCUUCCAGGGUGUGAUCUUUCAGACCUUACCAUCUCAGGAAAAAUAGGCCCCAAUCCAUAUGAUGGACCCUAAAUUAUUCCUAAAAAAAAGCAUCACUGUAUACGCCAAGAUUUUCUUUUAUGCUAAUAUGAUUCAAAAUAUUUUCAGUUGGUUUCUGUUGUCAACCCGUCUUUCCUUAUCAGUGACUUUCCAUUUUGACGUGGGUGGAACGUCUUGCUGCAGGGUGACAAGAGAAAUGAAAGGCAUGGAAAAACAAUUAAUAUAUUCUCAGUUGCAUCUGGGCAUCUGUAAGUAUAUGCCCCCGAGCAUACCUGCCAUGUCCUGCCGUUUGGUUUUGUCCGUGGAUUCUUAACGUAGCCCUAACCUUGCAGGUACGAGCGCUUUCUCAAGAUUAUGAUACUGAGCGUCCUGAAGAACACAGAAAGACCAGUGAAGUUCUGGUUCAUCAAGAACUAUCUUUCUCCUCAGUUCAAGGUUUGCCUGCCUGCCUGUGUUUUUCUCCGUGUAAACUUCCAGCCCCAUGCAAAUUAUCCGUCGAAGGAUCCCUAAGACCGACCUGCGGCACUGGGCCUUGGGUUUCUUUUUGCAGGAUGUCAUCCCACAGAUGGCGAGGGAGUACGGUUUUGAGUACGAGCUCAUCACCUACAAAUGGCCCACGUGGCUCCAUAAGCAGACGGAGAAGCAGAGGAUCAUCUGGGCCUACAAAAUCUUAUUUCUUGACGUCAUCUUUCCACUUUCCUUGGAGAAGGUAUCUCAAUCUCACGUUCCAUCUGAAUGCUGCAGAUCGGUCGUCUGCCCACUUGGAAUCCAUACCCAGAUUAUAUUUGUUUUCGUUCCAGGUCAUAUUCGUCGAUGCGGACCAGAUUGUGAGAGCUGAUAUGGGCGAGCUCUACGACAUGGAUAUCAAAGGGAGGCCUCUCGCUUACACGCCUUUCUGCGACAACAACAAGGACAUGGAUGGGUACCGAUUUUGGAGGCAGGUGGGUUCCUCUCGCUGCUGCUGCUUGUUGGCUUUUUGUUUCCAAAUCUCUGGUUUUCUGUCUCUUCAUUCCGUGGCUUCUCUGCUUCUGUAAUUAGGGUUUCUGGAAGGACCACCUACGGGGGAGACCGUAUCAUAUUAGGUAUGCAGCUGCCGUGUUCUUGGUCUGAUGCUUGUAGUAGAGCUCCGCCCGCAGCUCUAAUCCGUCCCUUGGUUUUUUUUUUUUUUUAAUUUUUUUUUUUACCUGCAGUGCUCUGUACGUUGUUGAUCUGGCGAGGUUCCGGCAGACCGCUGCGGGGGACACGCUGAGGAUAUUUUACGAGACCCUCAGCAAGGAUCCGAACAGCCUCUCCAAUCUAGAUCAGGCAAUCCCUUCCUCCCCCCUUUUAAUCGAAGCACGCCCUGCAAAUCGCUUAUGGCUCCUCCGGUUGGGAGAGAGCUGCUGCUGAUCUUCGCGCCCGGUCUUCUCAGGAUCUCCCCAACUAUGCUCAGCACACGGUGCCCAUCUUCUCUCUCCCCCAAGAAUGGCUCUGGUGUGAAUCUUGGUGCGGAAACGCCACAAAAUCCAAGGCGAAGACGAUCGACCUCUGCAACAAUCCCAUGACGAAAGAACCUAAACUGCAGGUAAGCCUCGUCCUACGAUCGCCGAAUUGAGCGAGAGCUUGCUCCCACGGGGAAACCUCCCCUCAUGGUUCUCUCCUCAGGGUGCGAGAAGAAUUGUCCCAGAGUGGAAUGACCUUGACUCGGAGGCUAGACGAGCGACUGAGAGGAUCCUGAGAAUGGAGGUGGAAACCCCGGCAGCCUCACCGGCGCCGCCUCCUCCCAAGCCAGAGACCCCGAUCGGCGACGCCACAAAGGACCCCGAAACCCUAGCGGAGCUGUGA